CUCACCCUCUCCACACCCCUCUUUCUUUUCCUUUCUACUUAUCUAUAUUUCUUUUAAAUCCAAAAAAUUAUUUGAGAAAGAGUCUGUGGAUUUCCAUAAAACUAGUUAAUCUCACUUUCAUUGGAUAACCAAAUCAUUGCAUAUAUGAGGAGCAGAGUGAAAUUACACAAACACUAGUUGCUUUGUUCUUUGGGCUAGCGAAGAUUUUGUCCGAGUUCUUGUAUUUACUCUUUCUACACUCUCUGUCAGCUGACCCUGUGUCGAUGCUCUUUUCUUCGGUUAGCACUGCACUUGAAAUAACUGUAUAUGGGUGCCUUCUUCCCUUAAAGGCUGAUUUUGUUAGACUGGAUCGUAGUCGAUUUGUUCGAGUAAAUAAGUUGUGGUAAACAGUUUUUUUAAUUCUCCAGAAACAACUUGGCUACACGUAGCCUUUCUAAGUGCUGGUGAAACAAUUUAUCAAUAGAGCUGCUGUAGGGAUAUUGGCUUCCUUUACCGGGUGAUUGAUGCAAGCAGAUGCAAGAGGUUGCAGGAGAGCGUGGAGGCUACCUGCAUGGGCGUGGCGCCUUGGACAGUGAUGAUCUACUCUAUCUAAAGGAGCAGAUGGAAGCAGAGGAGGAUGCAGAACGCCUCCUUCGUCGUACUGAGAAACGGGCAUUUGCUGCGUUUAAGAAAGCAGCGAGUUUAGCAGAUUCUUCACCUGCAUCAGUCCCCUUGCCACUUCGAGUUGAGCCCAAACCAAAGAGUGGAAUCAGACAGCAGGAUCUUUUGAGAAAGGUGGUGGAAAUUAAACCCAAACGGCUAAGAACUUCUAGCACCUCUGAUGGUAAUCAAUUAACUGCAGCUUCAAGUGAUUAUGGUCCCAAGAAUCUCGUGCCCGAUUCUCACCAGAAGGGGAAAGGGCAGCCUGAGGCUGACCAUGGGGAGAAAGAGUGGUCUUCAACAAGAUCGAAUAAAGCAGAGGGAGGUGGCAAUGUUGAAACUCCUGUUAGGAGUUUACUAGGCUUAGCAUAUGCAAGUUCUGAUGAUGAUGAAGACUGAUUUGUGAAUCCAUAUCUAUUGGUGCUACGCUAUAUAUCCCGUUCAAUGAUAAGUACAAUCUGCUUUCCUUCUCACUAAAAA